AUGGACUACGUUUCUCCUGUGUUUCCACUUGACCGCACUGACGAAGUGUUCUCAAUCUCUUUUAUUCCCUCCCAACAACAAACAGUCCAGAAAGAUGAACUCCCAUCAACUUCUCUGGACGGCAAUGGCUGCGGCAAGAAGCCGGACUAUCGCCGCGGGCGUAAGCCAUAUGCCAGCUUUGGCAGCAAUGAUGAUAACCCACAUGAAUCCAAGAAGAAGAAGAUGAUGCACAGAGAUAUUGAAAGACAAAGAAGGCAAGAAAUGGCUGCCCUUUAUGAGUCUCUCCGCUCGCUUCUCCCUCAGGAAUAUCUCCAGGGAAAGCGAUCGAUAUCCGAUCAUAUGCACGAGGCUGUGAACUAUAUAAGACAUCUGCAGAAGAAUCUCAGAAGUCUAAGUGACAGGAAAGAUGGACUAAAGAGACUGUCCGAAUCGAGCAAUGUCAAUGUUGCAGAAGAAUGUUCCCAAAAAGGUUCACUGGGCUCUGCUGCUGUGACAGUAAAACCUUGCUGGGCAGGGGUGGAGAUUGUUCUAAGCACCGCUCUGGGGGAAGGAGGGCUGCCUCUUUCCACAGUUCUUGGAGUUUUAAUUGGAGAAGGCUUGAGUGUUGUCAGCUGCAUUUCUGCUAUAGUCAAUGAAAGGCUUAUUCACACUAUAGAGUCUGAGGUGAGUGACGGUCGGACCGUCGAUCUAUCGGGCCUGCAGCAGAAAUUGGCAGACUUAAAAGUCUGA